GGCUCAGUAUCAGAACAUGACUAACAUGGAGCUGAUAGCUCUGCUGCUUCAGCAGGAAAUGGACGUCAAGAAGCAGCAGGCUGAAACUGAGGUGCAGGUGGCGUUAUUGGAGAAACGUGAUGCCGAACUGAAGAAGAUGAAGGUUCAGGUCAGAGACCUGGAGGACUACAUUGACAAGCUGCUGGUGCGCAUCAUGGAACAAACGCCGACCUUGCUGCAGGUACGCGCCAGACCAAAAUGACUACAGCGACCUGCUCCGUCCCAAGAACACCUUAUAUUGAUCUAAAGCCAUUUGUGAUGCUCUGUUAAAUUUCGAAACUGCCAGAUUCACAUAGACACGAUAAAGCUUUGCAUGCUUCUUACUGGAUUUCCAAAUCCACAAUCAUUGAGGUUUAGCAUACUCCUAGUCAUGCUAUGAGCACAAGGCAGUGGUUAAAAGUAAAAAAGUCAUAUUCAUAAAUGUGCUAAUUUUCAUAAUAGGAAAUAAGUUCUGGGAUAUUUAUGCAUUCAAAAUGUCAAGCAAACUGUCUCUUAAUGUAUACAAAUCCAUAAAUGCAAGUA